AAAAAACAGCACUCUCCUCGUAAGUCCUGCGUUUCCAGACCCAGUGGAAGUAGCGAAAUGUAUCGAACGGCGGCGAAGCGGUUGUUGUGCGGUGCAAGAUACUACUAUAAUGGCAACGUUGGACUCCGAUUCCGGCCUCCUCAGAUAUUUAUACCCUCUUCUCGCUUUUCCACAUCCGAGACUCAACCUUUACCCAUUCCACACGCUACGGAUCGUACCAUUCCAGUCGUCGUCACCACCGAAACCGAAAACCCUAACUCUUCAGAUUCGUCCGCUUCUUCUUCACCUUCAUCUUCCUCAACAGCUGAUGAUGCCACAAAACCCAGGGCCAAGUAUGAGGACCAACACACUCGCGUGCUUCAGGCCUCGCUCUCUUACGUCUUAAAGUUGGGGUGGACAGAAGCUGCGCUAGUUGCAGGAGCCAGGGAUGUCGGUCUUUCGCCAUCUAUUGUUGGAUCUUUUCCCAGGAAGGAAGCAGCACUGGUCGAGUAUUUCAUGGAUGGCUGCUUACAAAGACUUGCUGAUAAAAUUGACUCAGAUGAGAGUUUACAAAAUUUGACACCAAGUGACUGCAUCUCUAAGCUUAUCAGAUUUCGUUUAGAAAUGCAAGCUCCAUAUAUAUCAACAUGGCCUCAAGCUCUUAGCAUCCAGGCACAACCUGUUAAUGUUCCUACAAGUUUUAAGCAGAGGGCAGUGCUUGUGGAUGAGAUCUGGCAUGCUGCUGGUGAUAAUGCCUCUGACAUUGAUUGGUAUGCCAAGCGCACUAUCCUUGGAGGAAUAUACUCAACAACUGAGAUUUAUAUGCUGACAGAUACCUCUCCUGAUUUCCGUGAUACAUGGGCUUUCUUGGAUGCUCGAGUUAAAGAUGCCUUUGAUUUAAAGAAAACCAUUCAAGAGGCACAGUAUUUGGCAGAAGCUGUCAGUACCGGGCUGGGAAACUCCUUUCAAGGGUUUGUCGGGAAAGUUUUCCAGAGAUGAGUCGUGGUGGGAAUUUAUGCUGACAAUGUUUCUCCGAGACAUUGAUUGUUACCUUGAAGGAGAUGCUAUAUUAUACACGCCUAGUAAUUACUAGUUAUCUUUCAUUUAUUUCAAAUUUGCUGUCUUCGGCCCUUCACUCAAAUUUGCUCUUUCAUUUAAUAAUAAUUUUAAGCUUGUAAAUAAUUCUAUUGCCAUUUUAUUAUGAUACAAAAAACUAGCUCUUUUUUCCCUUCCCCCAAAUAGCUUUUGUUUAUUCAUGUCUCUUACUCCUUGGUAUAUUGUAAUUUCUCUCUUUUCAAAAGCGACGUGUUUGCUGAAUUAAAUAUUUUUUUAUAGAAAAUUGUUGACUAUAAUCCUUGGUA